UGGAGCACGCAUGCGCGGCAGCGGCUGCGCGCUGCCCGGAUCGUGUGGGGCCCGAGCCUCUCCGCCGGCGCAGGCUCCUUCCCGCCAGCUCGCGGCCGCCGCCAUGUCGGCCGCCAUCGAGCGGGAGUUUGAUGAGUUGGACGCUCAGAAUCGCUGGCAGCAGCUGUACCUGGAAAUUCGCAGUGAGUCCCAUGACUAUCCUCAUAGAGUGGCCAAGUUUCCAGAAAACAGAAAUCGAAACAGAUACAGAGAUGUAAGCCCAUAUGAUCACAGUCGUGUUAAACUGCAAAAUGCUGAAAAUGAUUAUAUUAAUGCCAGCUUAGUUGACAUAGAAGAGGCGCAGAGGAGUUACAUCUUAACACAGGGUCCACUUCCUAAUACAGGUUGUCAUUUCUGGCUCAUGAUUUGGCAGCAAAAGACCAAAGCAGUUGUCAUGCUAAACCGAAUUGUGGAGAAAGAAUCGGUUAAAUGUGCACAGUACUGGCCGACAAAGGAUGACCGAGAGAUGCUGUUUAAGGAAACAGGCUUCAGUGUGAAGUUCCUGUCGGAAGACGUGAAGUCCUAUUAUACAGUCCAUCUGCUGCAGUUAGGAAACAUCAAUAGUGGUGAAACCAGAACAAUAUCUCACUUUCAUUAUACUACCUGGCCAGAUUUCGGAGUCCCUGAAUCACCAGCUUCAUUUCUCAAUUUCUUAUUUAAAGUGCGAGAGUCUGGCUCCUUGAAUCCUGAACACGGGCCUGCGGUGAUCCACUGUAGUGCCGGCAUCGGGCGGUCAGGCACCUUUUCUCUGGUGGACACUUGUCUUGUUCUGAUGGAAAAAGGAGACAAUAUUAAUAUUAAACAACUGUUACUGAAUAUGAGAAAAUACCGAAUGGGGCUGAUUCAGACACCAGAUCAACUCAGAUUUUCAUACAUGACUAUAAUAGAAGGAGCAAAGUUUAUAAAGGGAGAUUCAAGUAUACAGAAACGGUGGAAAGAACUUUCUAAGGAAGAUGUAUGUCCUGUUUUCGAUCAUUCACCAAACAAAAUAAUGACUGAAAAAUACAACGGGAACAGGAUAGGCCUAGAAGAAGAAAAACUGACAAGUGACAGGUGUACAGGACUGUCCUCUAAAAUGCAAGAUACUCUGGAGGAAAACAGCGAGAGUGCUCUGCGUAAGCGCCUUCGGGAGGACAGGAAAGCCAGCACAGCUCAGAAGGUGCAGCAGAUGAAGCAGAGGCUGAACGAGACCGAACGAAAAAGGAAAAGUUUUCCCAAUUUUAAAAAGAAAAAGAAACAAAAAUUUUCUCUAAAAAUAUCUUUGAAGGAAAAUUCUCCUUACUGGCGUAGUCAGUUCAUUGGUUUGGAUUUGAUUCCAUCUUUCCUUGUAUCUGUCUUCAAAGCACUGUUUCUGGGACAGCAGCACCCACAGCCCCUACAACAGCAGAUAAGUUAGAAAUGCCAGGUGUCCUCUUGUUCUGCUGAAUGUGGAUGAGUGAUGUCAUGUUGCAGAGUACUGCCCCGGCUAAGCAGUGACUCAGCCUGAGGGGCUUUUAGUUGGGUCGAGGGAUUGUCUUUAUCAGUAACAACCUGACAACGAGAAUUCUCAAAUGCUGUGACCGUCUCUGUGCAGUCCAGUGGGAGAAUGAAAAAUCCAAUCAUUGGUACUCUUUCUGUUUGGGUUUUAUAAUUUAGAGUGGAAUAUGGGAAUUUUAGGAUUUAGGGAGGAUGGAUAUUACUUGCAGAGUCUACUUUAAUACUGUUGUCUGGUUUUCCAUCACGUGGUAUAUUGGGGGAGCUAUAAGGAGAAUGGAAUGGAAAUUUUUUUCUUUAUGGAGACCAUUUUUUAAAGAAAAGCAUCAAUUCUUUAUUGUUGCUCUAAUUUGGCAUAGAUUUUUUAGACAUAUGAUGAUGUUGAUAUUUCAAAUUACUGCUAUAAAAAACCUGAAGUUAUUUUGAGUUUGAUGAAUUCGGGAGUUUCCCACUGGGUAAGUUGAUGUUGUCUGUAAGGCAGUGAGUGCCUUGCUCACCGCAGAGAAGUGUAUGGGACUCUUUUCAGUAAAGCAAGGAUGAGUAUCUUGUGGCAGGAACUACUUCGGUGUGGAGCCAGCCCCUGUCAAGACCUUUUAGUUGUUCUAAGGGGUAGUUCAUCCUUGCUGAGUGUGUCUUUAACACACUGCUGGGGAGGCAACACCUGCCGGUUCUGCCAGUCAGUAGAUACACCUCUCCAAGGUGCAUCCCGUUACCCGAUUUUCAGACGAGAAAACUGAGUCAAAGAAUAAGUAACGUGCCCAAGGUUGUACAUCUAGAUCAUGAGAGAGCUGAGAUUUGAACUCCAGUCUGUAGAAUCCCAGUAACUCCAGGCCUCAUGCUUUCCCAUUAUGUCACACGCAACCUGUUUUUAUGGAAUAUUUAAAUGGAAAAGCAUU